AUGCCUAUCCCAAUUCUCAUCCAGGCAGUCCAGCUGGGUGUCUCAUCCAUCCCAUAUGCUUGGCCAAUCCUAAAAGUUGCGCCAUGGAUCAUACUCAUCGCUGCGCUGAAGUACUACUUUGGCGGAGCCCGCAACACCUCCGAGCGACUGAUGCAUUCUAGAAGGAUUAUGGUGACGGGCGGAACGUCCGGUAUAGGCGCACAAGUUGUUCUAGGACUCGCGCAGCGCGGAGCCCAAGUUAUCCUCCUAACCCGCCAACCACCCUCCGACCUCUUCGUUGUCGAGUUCAUCGACGAUAUCCGCAAGAACACAGGUAACCAGAAUAUCUGGGCCGAGCAAGUCGAUCUCUCCUCUCUGCACUCAGUUCGCACAUUCGCUACAAAGUGGAUCGAUAAUACCGAGCCCCGUCGUCUGGACGCUGUUAUCUUAUGUGGCGGCAUUGCUGUACCGGCGUCCGCGAAAAAGAACACCAUUGACGGAAUCGACGAGGAGUGGCAGGUGAAUUAUCUUGCCAAUUUCCACCUGCUGAGUAUCCUGAGUCCGGCAUUGAGAGCACAGCCCGCGCACCGAGAUGUACGAGUGAUUUUCACAACCUGCUCAGGCUACAUUGGAGCGAAAUUCGAACUCGACCGUGUCAAGAGGGGUAUGACUGGCAGUUUCAUGUCAAAGGAUAAGAAGAGGGUUAUUAAAGCUGCGCCGAAGGGUAUUUAUGCGCUUAGCAAAUUUGCGCUUAUGAACUUUGCGUUCUCUUUCCAGAGACAUUUGAGUUCGUUCAAGAGACCUGAUGGACUUCCACCUUGUACCCGGGUUCUGGUUGUGGAUCCGGGUCAUACACGGACUCCUGGUACUCGGCGCUGGAUGACUGGUGGCUCGCUUUGGGGCUUGCUGCUCUAUCUCAUUACAUGGCCGUUCUGGUGUUUGGUUCUCAAGUCGCCGCAGCAGGGUGCGCAGAGUAUCUUGUAUGCUGCUAUGGAGGAAGAGUACGGUCGUGGUGUUGGUGGGUGGUUUAUCAAGGAGUGCCGGGAGAUGGAUCUUGCGCGGACGGAUGUGCGGGAUGAGGAUGUUGGCAAGCGGCUGUGGGAGUUUAGUGAAAAGCAGAUUGAGGAGGCUGAGAAGGAGAGUGCCAUCAAAAGGGCGGCGGAGAAGAAGGAGAGGGAGGCUGCUAAGGAGAAGGAGACUCGCAAGGAAACUGCAUCUGGAAAGGCGCAGACUCCUGGAUCCAGGCGGAGCAAGAAGGCUAAAUAA